AUGAACGAAUCUAUCUAUACCAUAAAAACUCAAAUUUCUUCAUCCCAAAAAGAUGAAAAGUUAGCUCAAUUUCGCAACAUUUUCGGCGACUACACAGAGUAUCAAAUGAAAGUCUCAAUGUACAAACAUUCAAGAAUGAUUAUCCAAGUUAACGAAGAAUUAGAUGGCCAACAAGGAGUAUCCAAUGUUAUCACUCUUGGAAGCUAUUUCAAGACAAAAGAUCCAGAAAAAUCCGUUUACCUUCAACAUAUGGUUAAUAGUAAAAUUACAGGUAACAUUCACGAGUUUUUGCAGUCAAUUGGCGAAAAUUUGGAGCGCCAGUGGAUUGAAAAAGGAUAUGCAUUUAAACAAGAUAAAAUGAAUAUUCGAAUUUUCUCAAUAUUCGAUGAAAAUGGCCAUGAAAAAUAUUCCGAUACAAUUGGUAUUGUUUUUGAGUCUACGAGCAACUAUACAGACAAUCAAGAAACUAUUUGUGCUGCUCUUGAUCGCGCAUAUACUUCUGUUUUAGAAGGCGUUCCGAGAUACAACCCAGAAGCUAGAUAA